AUUUUGGCCGAUUUCAAGAUUUUAGCUUUCGAAGAUCCUGAAUGUAAGAUUUUGGCCGAUUUCAAGCUUUUACCUUUCCAACAUCCUAAUUUCAAGAUCUUGGCUGAUUUCAAGAUUUUAGCUUUCCGAAAUCCUGAAAUCAAGAUUUUGCCCGAUUUCAAGAUUUUAGCUUUCGAAAAUCCUGAAUUCAACAUUUUGGCCGAUUUUAUGAUUUUAGCUUUCCAAGAUCCUCAAUUGAAGAUUUUGACCGAUUUCAAAAUUUUAGCUUUCCAAGAUAGUGUAUUCAAGAUUUUGGCCAAUUUUAAGAUUUUCGCUUUCCAAAAUCCUGAGUUCAAGAUCUUGGCUGAUUUCAAGAUUUUAGCUUUCCAAAAUCCUGAAUUCAAGAUCUUGGCUGCUUUCAAGAUUUUAGCUUUCAAAAAUCCUGAAUUCAAGAUUUUGGCCGAUUUCAAGAUUUUAGGUUUUUAAAAUUCUGAAUUCAAGAUCUUGGCUGAUUUCAAGAUUUUAGCUUUCCAAAAUCCUGAAUUCAAGAUUUUGGCCGAUUUCAAGAUUUUAGCCUUCCUAUGUCCUGUAUUCAAGAUUUUGGCCAAUGUCAAGACUUUAGCUUUCUAAAAUCCUGAAUUCAAGAUCUCGGCUGAUUUCAAGAUCUUAGCUUUCCAAAAUCCUGAAUUGAACCUUUCGGCCAAUUUAAAGAUUUUUGCUUUUCAAAAUCCUAAAUUCAAGAAUUUGGCCGAUUUUAAGAUUGUAGGUUUCCAAAAUCCUGAAUUCAAGAUUUUGGUCGAUUUCAACAUUUUAGCUUUCCAAAAUCCUGAGUUCAACAUUUUGGCCGAUUUUAUGAUUUUAGCUUUCCAAAAUCCUGAAUUCAAGAUUUUGGGCGAUUUGAAAAUCUUAGCUUUCUAAGAACCUGAAUUCAAGAUUUUGGCCGAUUUCAAAUUUUUAGCUUUCCUAAAUCGUGAAAGCAAAAUUUUGGCCGAUUUCAAGAUUUUAGCUUUCGAAGAUCCUGAAUGUAAGAUUUUGGCCGAUUUCAAGAUUUUAGCUUUCCAAAAUCCUGAAUUCAAGAUUUUGCCCGAUUUCAAGAUUUUAGCUUUCGAGAAUCCUGAAUUUAAGAUCUUGGCGUAUCUCAAGAUUUUAGUCUUUCAGAAUCCUGAAAUCAAGAUUUUGGGCGAUAUCAAGAUUUUAGCUUUCCAAAAUCCUGAAUUCAACAUUUUGGCCGAUUUCAUGAUUUUAGCUUUCCAAGAUACUAACUUGAAGAUUUUGGCCGAUUUUAAGAUUUUAGCUUUCCAAAAUCCUCAAUUCAAGAUUUUGGUUGAUUUCAAGAUGUUAGCUGUCCAAAAUCCUCAAUUCAAGAUUUUGUCCAAUUUUAAGAUUUUAGCUCUCCAAAAUCCUGAAUUCAAGAUCUUGGCCGAUUUCAAGAUUUUAGCUUUCCAAAAUCCUGAAUUCAAGACCUUGGCUGAUUUCAAGAUUUUUGCUUUCCAAAAUCCUGAAUACAAGAUUUUGGCCGAUUUUAAGAUUUCAGCUUUGCUAUGUCCUGAAUUCAAGAUCUUUGCUGAUUUCAAGAUUUUAGCUUUCCAGAAUCCUGAAUUCAAGAUUUUGGCCAAUUUCGAGAUUUUAGCUGUCCAAAAUCCUGAAUUCACGAUUUUGGCCGAUUUUAAGUUUUUAGCUUUCCAAGAUCCUGAAUGUAAGAUUUUGGCCGAUUUUAAGUUUUUAGCUUUCCAAGAUGCUGAAUGUAACAUUUUGGCCGAUUUUAAGAUUUUAGCUUUCCAAAAUACUGAAUUCAAGAUUUUGUUCGAUUUCAAGAUUUUAGCGUUCGAAAAUCCUGAAUUCAAGAUCUUGGCCUAUUUCAAGAUUUUAGUUUUCCAGAAUCCUGAAUUCAAGAAUUUGGGCGAUAUGAAGAUUUUAGCUUUCCAAAAUCGUGAUUUCAAGAUUUUGUCCAAUUUCAAGAUUUUAGCUUUCCAAGAUCCUUCAUUCAAGAUUUUUACCCAUUUUAAGAUUUUAGCUUUCCAAAAUCCUGAGUUCAACAUCUUG